AUGGACCGACUCCGCCGACAAGAGUCUUUCGAUGAUGUGUGCGCAGAAGGGCUGUUCCGUGCCACCACUGUGCCGCGCAUUCUCGCCCAGCGGGGGGCCAUUUUCAUUCAAGGUUUGCCAGGUCUUCUCGGUGCAGGUGGUUUUCGCUCUGCAAGGAUUCCCACUAAGCAGGAGGUGCUUCAAGCCGGAUCGAGCAUUUUCGAGUCGUCUGCCUGUGUCGAGCAUGUGGACGUAUUUGUGAGCCAUCGCUGGGGUUCCGGCCGCUGGGCAAAGUACUUGGCAUUGUGCCUCUACUCGAAUCUGACAGCAGCCGUCGUGUGCUGCCUGACCACUUGGGUUCUGGCUACCGCGGGCAUGAUCGCCUCCGCACAUGGCGUCGCAAACCUCGGAGGAAAUCACCUGUUGCUGCCCAUCCUGGUUUUUUUCCCGAUCGCUGUGUUUCUGGUGGUCUUCUUUUUGGGCCAGCUCGUUGUGAAUUGGUUGCGGCCCAUGUCGAUAUGGAUGGACCGGGCGUGUAUUCACCAGACAGACCACGACUUCAAACAUCGUCAGAUCCAAGCGCUCCCUGUAUUCGUUGCACGGUCCUCCUCCAUGUUGGUGUUGUGGGAUGACGAAUACUUCCGCGGCAACGCAGACCGCCCCCUGGACAAGUCCUUGGCUGCUGCGGAGGCCCGUUGUGCGCUCCACGGGCCCGCGAAGUGUCUGCAGGGUGAGGCGCUUAGAGCGCCACAGAAUGGUGGCAGAUGUUGGCUAUGGAGCUGUGGGCUACUUUUCCUUGGGAUGUUUUUCAAUGUUAUGUUGACAGGCUGGCUUUCCAUUUGCAUGAGGCCUGAAGGGGAUCAGCUUGCAAAGGCUGGUCAGGAGCACUCACCUCCACUGCAGGUUGGCCAGGGUGACCGUUGCCUGAGGUUGUACGUCAUGCGAUGGGUCGCAGCUGGGAGCAACCAGAAUCAACUCGAGGCCACUGCCAGCCUUGAAUCCUUUCAGUGUGUUUACUCGCUGGAUUCUCCUGGUGGCGACGCCGACCGCACUCAAGCCUGUUGGGUGUCCGCAUCGGCGAAGCUGCUAAUCCAGGACCGGGUGCAGCAUCGGCGACAGCAAACUGAGCAGAUGACUCAGGAUGCUUUGCAGACGAUCAUCCAGCUUCUUUUGUCAAUGGUUGCGGUUCUUGCUGGUGAUAACCCGGCGAUCAAGUCACAGCUGUCGGGCAUUCAAAACCUGAUGGCGACCAUGAUCGGUGGGGCCACUGAUGAGGUUGAGCCGCCUCCCAGACGGGUGUCCUUUGAUGCAGGGGGUGGCAAUGCCACCCAGAUCGACAGUGAUGGGUUUCAGACUGUUCGCCGCCGGGGGCGCCAGAAGCCAGAUCCGCCCGAGCCGGGUCCUACCAAAGGCGGCGGCAAGGCCAACAGCUACGCUGCUGUGGUGAGCGGGGCAGGCGCUUCUCCUGGCAAAGGGAAGGGCAAAGGAGCUCCACAGACACCCAAAGGACAGGGAAAGUCUGCGAAGACUUCCACGGUUGCGCCCGCUCGCCCUCAGCUUCGUGACCGUGACUGGAAUGGCGCAAUCUUUUCCUACGACAAGGCAGCUUCACAGCUGAACAGUUUGAACGGCUCCGUGUUAGUUCAAGUGCGGGAUGCGGAACAGGCCGAUGCAUUGAUGAUGAUGCUUACAGGUGCGGGUGCCAAGUGCUCAGCCAGAUUGGUCUGGGCAGACUCCGAGGGCAAGCUCAAGCUCCCCAUUGUUGGGGAGGGCAAGGACGGCAACGAUGUUCGCAUUCAUCAUUUUGCCUAUAUCGAUUUCCUUACGCCCGGCAUGCCAUUGCCCACGUUGAAGCAUGCGCCUGCUGCUGCCAAGGCUGUUCCCACAGGCGAAGCCACGACUACCAUGCGCAUCGUCUUCGGCAAGCCUUUCUUGGAAACCGCAGAUUGGGACAGGGCCUCUUCGGCUCCGAAGGCUGCCGUCCAGAGAUGGGUGCGGGGCACUUUGAAGAGUGAUCUGCAUGGAGCGGUGGAGACGCUCCUCAGCUUCUCGGGCGUCAAUGGCACCUUCUUGGAGCCUGCAGGGCGAGACCACAACGUUGACUGCACCGUUCAGUGGUUCGAUACUGAGGCGAAAGAGUCCUGGCUGGAGGCUCUCAAGCGAUCGCUUGAGGCCGCUCCUCGCUUUGGCGCCUUCAUAGGCAAGCGCCAGAUCGGCCUGCGCACUGAGGCAAGUGCGAGCUCUGGCAAAGGCUUUGUGCGCUACUUUUCGCUGCAAGGCACACCUGUUGAGUGGAGCGAUGGCUUGGUGUCCAUGCUUGUCCAGGAGCAGGAGGGCAUUGAAGAGGCGGCAGUCAUCAGAAAAACAUUGAGGAAAGGCGAGGGCGAGACUAGCUACUGGAUGCUCGCUUCGAGACCUGGGUUUACGAGGGCUACCAAACCCAUCAUCGACCGGAAGCCCUUCAUCUUCAGCAAGGCGCCGCUCGUACAGCAGGGCAACAAGCCGGAGUCCAAGCAGGGCGAGGGUGGCUCUGAGGAGCCCCCCAACAAGAAGCAGGCUCUUUCGGAGAAGUUGCGCCUCAUCCCCGAUGGUGUCAAGUUGCAGGCCGUUGACCGGGACGGGAAUUGCUUUUAUACUGUCAUCGGUCAGGCCCUGGGGCGGCUCCGCAACGAGCCCGCCCUGCCUGCCAACCGUGUCCGUGCAGAGAUUUGUGCCCAUAUGCGCAAACACCAGUCGUCGUAUGAGCCAUUUUGGAGUGGGCAGGAUUCUCUAGGCAAGGAAAUGGACAGCUUUGCCGAGUACAUUGAUCACAUGUCUGAGAACGGACGAUGGGCAGGCAGCCUUGAAGCCUACGGGGCCUCCAAGGCUUACAAAGUUGCGGUUCAUAUCAUCCCAGCGCCGAUGCGGCUUGCCAAGGCUGCAUACAACACCAGCGCUCGUGAUCGCAUCGCUCUUUGGUUUACGGCAUUUCGAUUGGUUGGCCACGUCACCGACUUUCCUCGUGGCGGCGGUUCCCAGGGUGCUGGUGGCGACGACUUCUCCGAGAAGACGGUCUUCACCGAGGUGGUCACUGUUUUUACGCACGUUCCGACGAGGAGGGCGCAGUGUUCGGGCGAGGCGCGUGCUUCUGGCAGUGGCGAGGUGAGCAGGGCAGCUUCGGAAUCUACGUGCUUCACCGCGAGGCCGAAAGACAUCCGCAGCUACCUGUUUGCAGCGAGGAAGGCGGGCACUGAGGCUUUGACAGGGCAGCGGACGACGGCUACCUCUUCCCUGGGUUCCACCACCGAGGAGCAAGCUGCCGUUGAGGAGGUGCCUGAGCCUCCGGAGCCUGUGGCGCCGCAAGGGCGCAAGCGGUGUGUGAAGUCUGCGCGCUCCGGCUGGAAGUGCCCGGAGUGUGGUUGGAAGGCUACGGGCAGGCUUUGGGUGCAGCGAAAGCAAGCCCACGUGGACAACUACCACCCUGACCUCAAGGCGGAACUCAACCUGAAGACUGCGGCGCUGUGUGUGGUCCCUUACAACCAAGCAACCUGCUGUUGGAAGUGUCCAGUUGAUGGAUGCGACAUGGGCUUGCCGGCUACAGAAGCUUCCGAGGACGCGAGGAGGCUGGCCCGACUGCGACACAGAGAGGAGACUCACCCGGAGGCCCCUAAAGCCCUUUUCCGCCUGGCGCGAGACAGGGCCGCAAACGCUCGGAAGGCUACGACUGCCAAGCUCAGUGCUGGGGUUGCUCGGCGUCUUCACCAAGUUCGCGCUGGCAAGGCUGGAGAGCACGACGUCGUGUUCGUGAAGCUGCCGCCGACAAGGGGGACCAAGAAGGGCAAGACGAGGAGGGCUGUGACGCAAGUCGUGUGCACGCGGUGCAAACGCCUGGCUUCUACGGUGGUGGCGCUUGGGGGCUUUUCGUGCAAGGCGCACACUGCUGGUGCGAAGCGCCCCGCGCUUCUCAAGCGGCUGCGAACGACGCUGGAGGAGGGCUCACUCGACGAGGGCGUGCAGUCUGACGUCCGCUACCUUUUGAAGUUGCUGGAGGAGACGGACGAGGGCCCUGUUGCAAAGCACGCGCUGUGCGCUGUGGCAUGGCCGUUGGUGGGAGGUCGCUUCGAGGUCCGCUUUGUCUGCAAGACGUGUGGUGGCUCUUGGACGCGGCAGCGCGACGUGGAGGGCAAGGACUGCAAGCCGAGCAAGCGGCGAGCCAUCCGGGCCAAGGUUGCGGAGCUCAAGGGCAUCCAGAAGGACGGGGGCAUUGCGGGCGAUGCGGCAACGACGGUCUUGAAGUUGAUCGGCGAGAACGGAGGGGGCACGGCGGAGGACCAAGCUGCUGUCGACGAGCUGGAGACCAAGCGGCAAGCUUUUCACGCGAAGGGCUGGCGUCUUCUACCUGGCCCUCUCGCCUACGACUCCGAGGGCAAGGCCUGUGGUGGUGUGGCUAUCGUUUCCGACUGGCCGGUGGAGAUGGUGACGGUCCCUGUGGCGGAGAGCUUCAACACUCGCGUUAUGGCGGUAAAGGCCCACCGCCCCAACCAGCGGCCACUCCUCGUCAUCUGCGGCUACCUGCCUGCCAAUGACGACGAGCUCAACCAGCACAUCGCGUCAACGGUGCUUCAAUGGGCAAGCACUACCGGCGAAGACUUUGUGUUCAUGGCGGACUGGAACCGAACUCCUAACCAGCAGCCUUUCUGCAACCUUUUGGCGGGCGGCCUUGUCUACGCCAUGGACAACGACCCGUUCUUCGAGACCCAGGGCACUCACAGACGCGCGGACGGCACGUACACGGGCAGGCUUUUGGACUUCGGGCUCUCCUCUGCGGGCUUGGCGGUGGACGGCCGAGCUCAACACCUCGGCCCUGCAGACCACGACCUCGUGACCUACGACGUUGGACUACAGAGUGGCAGACGACCGGACCAGACGGCGGCGGAAGGUGAGCGCGUUGCAGUUUUCAUACUGGCUGAAGCGUUGCUUGGCGGUGAGGCCGCGUGCGAAAAUGGUGACCCUUGGAGGCCGUGGAAGCGUGUGGCACAGGCGGUGCGCUGGCUGCAAGUGGCAUGGGUUCCGGCUCACAACAAGCAGGCCUCUUGGACGCCUCCCUCAGGCUGGAUUGAUGCCGUUUGUGAGUGGGCGCGGGAGGCUGUGGCAGCUCAGCGAGCAGCUACGCAGGACUGGCAUGAUCGCUUCGUCAACAGGAUCAGGCAGCAGCGGCCCAAGCGGCGUGAUGGAUGGAAGUGCCCGGAAUGCCAAUGGCGCACACCUCCGGGCUCAGACUGGAUUCGCAAAAAGCAGACCCACAUCAUCAACUACCACCCGGAGCUCAAGCGACAGCUAUCAUUGCACCCGGCGCCGGCUGUGAAUGUAGCGCCCUAUGAUGCUGCGACCUGCUCUUGGAAAUGCCCUGUUGAUGGCUGUGGGCUUGGACUGCUGAAUAACCUUGAGGCCACCACCGACAUGAAGUACGCGGCCAAGCUCAGGCACAGAGAGGAGUACCAUCCCGAGGUCCCGAAGGGCGUCUUCGUUGGCCGCUCCUAUGCGAACAAUGCGUUCAAGAAGGCCACUGGGGCGCGAUUGAGCGCUGCAAUGGCCAGCCGCCUGAUUGAUCUCAAGGCGGGGAAGGCGGGCGAGCAUGAUGUCGUCGUCCUCCGUCUACCGUGCACGCGGACACCAAAGGAGGGCAGGAAAAAGCGCAAUGCGGUCGCUCAGGUGAUAUGCCGCAAAUGCACUCGGAUGGCGGAUUCGGUUGCUAAGCUUGGCAAGCUUGAGUGUUCACUGGGAGCAGGGGGGCAUCGACGCAAGGCGCUCGUUGCCAACAUCGAGAAGGAGCUCCAGGAGGGCGCCCACACGGAGGAGAUUGUCAAGGGCACGGUUGCGGGACAGUCGGUCGAGGCCGAUGGGGAGCACAUCCUACAUGCGCUGCCGUGGCCAAAGGGGGAGGGAUUCGAAAUUCGUUUCGGUUGCCAGCGUUGCGGGGGACUUUGGACCAACCUCUCCAAUGCCAAUGUGCCACCCUGCCAAACGGCGGGCAUCCGGGGGCGUGCGGCCAGUGACAUUGCAGCGGAGCGCAACACUGAGGCGGAGGACCAUGUGGCGGAUCGGGCCAUCUUGGAGGAAACGCGUGUUACCAACGAGGGACAGCCGAGCGGUGGAGUUGCUAUCAUUGCGGAUUGGCCCAUCGAGCAGAUCCAGCUGCCCUCGGAGCUGAAGUGGGACGGGCGCCUCAUGGCGGCAAAGAUGCACAGACCUGGCAUGCGACCACUUCUCAUCCUGAAUGGCUACUUCCCUGCAAAUGAUGAGAGCCUCAACAAAACCAUGGUGAGUGCCGUCUGUGAAUGGGCGGGCUCGACUGCUGAGGACUUCAUGAUACUCGGUGACUGGAAUCGCGAGGCUCGGCAACAACCGCUAGCAACCAUGCUGGCUGCUGGCCGGGUCUAUGCUAUGGACCCCGACCCCUUUGUGGACCAGAAGGGCACAAGGAGGCUGGACAAUGGCGACAUGGCGGUGGACGGCAGGCAGCAAGCUUUGGGGCCGGCGGAUCAUGAUGUGGUGUCGUAUUGGGUGGCGCUGCAAAGUGGGCUGCGAGGAUGGCGCUGGCAGGCUCAGCGGUACCUCACUCCCGAGCCGGCGCAGGAUUGGAGCGAUGUGUGGCCGAUCCAUGAGCGGGACUACGUGAACCACUUGGCCGCGGGCAACACUACUUCGGCUUGGGCUUCGCUGUCUGCGGCGGCGGAGGAGCUCCUUGCGACGCCUCAGGCUCCCACGGCACCUCCUCGUGGCAUCGUGGGCAAACCUGUGCUCAAGGAGGACCACCACGCUAAGAUUGCCAAGGCCCAGACUUUGUGGGAACGGUGCCCAUUCCAGCACGGCGGAGCGAAGGACGUAUACGCUCUGGCCCGCCGCGACCCGGACAUUAUCCAGGCCUACGACCAGGGCUAUGGCAAGCUGGCGGAGAUGCCACAAGGCGGUGGAGGAGGCACACCGGGCGGCUAA